AUGGAGGAGACCAACACAACAGACCUCUCUCUGAACAACAUGACCGAUGGAUCUCCAGAGGAUGAGGAAACUAAUAAUCAGCCUUGGUGCACACUAGAGAAUAGUGUGCUGAUCACUACAAUUGUCUCUAUUGCUAUUUCCCUGUGUGGGAUUGUGGGGAAUAUGGUGGUCAUAUGGUUCCUGGGUUUCCACAUGAAGAGAAACCCCUUCACUGUCUAUGUCCUGAACCUGGCUGUUGCUGACUUCUCUCUGCUCCUCUUACUUCUUGUUGAUCUUUUGGUAUACAUAAUUUCAGCACGCUCUUGUUAUUUCCCUUUUAAAGGUACAUUUAUCGAUUUUAUCAUCAUGGAUCUGUUCCUGUUUUACUAUUUGGUCAGCAUGUAUCUCCUGGUAGCAAUGAGUACAGAGAGGUGCCUGUCAGUUCUCUUCCCAAUCUGGUACCGGUGCCACCGCCCAAAGCACUUGUCUGGCAUCACCUGUGGGGUGCUCUGGGCUCUUGCUGCCUUUCUUAUUUCUUUCAACUUCAUUGGCUGUUAUUCAUUUUAUAUUCUGAACUGCACACAAAUUCUACAUGGUUUAAGCAUCCUGAACUUUGUCAUUCUCUCUUCAUUCCCGUUGCUCUCCAACAUUUCCUUGUUCAUCAAACUCCGAUGUGGCUCCCAGAGACGACACCCGGGGAGACUCUAUGUGGCUGUCCUGCUCAGCUUGAUCUUCCUGAUCGUCUUGGGGUUCCCUUUCAAUGUGGUGCUUUACCUUGAUCCUUAUUAUUUUAAUAAGUUUUCCCUUCAUGUCUCUUGCCUGCUGGCCUCACUGAACAGCACCAUCAACCCCUUCAUUUAUUUCCUGGUGGGGAGCUGCCGGCAGUGCCGCUUCCAGGGCUCUCUCAUGGUCGCCCUUCGCCGAGUGUUUGAAGACAAAACCACGAGUGAGGAGAGGAGAAACGUGUCGGGGGAGCCCGUGGGGCAGACCAGUCUGUGA